AUGGAGAACAAUUCGGUACCAUCUAAUACUCAGAGCCCCGCUAUCACCACCAUCGAUAUUCAAAUCGGACCGGAAUUACUGGUCCAACUUUUAAGGCCUGCCUCUAUUGUUUCGCUAGGGGGUUCUCCUAGUCUUCCCAUAGAUGGGGAUACUCCGCUUCGGAUAUGUCUCCCCGUUGGGGAGCUACUGAGAUAUCUCCUAGCGAAUCAAGGGAUACCGCCUUCGGGAAAUAGUGGUGCGUCUGAUACUGAGGCUCCUCAGGCGUCUGAUACUGAGGCUCCUCGGGCGUCUGUGGAAGCGAGAGAUGCCAGUAGCGAGGCUCUUGAUCCUUGCAUCCCGGGUCCUAGCACCCAUGAACCUCCAAACGAUACUCCAAUAGCAGAAGGUAGUAUCGAUAUACUCCCUACUCCUAAUAUCAAGUUCCGGCGAGUAGGUGUUCGCGGGAAUAGGAUCCAUGUUGCCGAAGACAAAGCUCUUGCGCAAAUAAAAUCCGAAAUCGCCAUGGCUAGUCAUAACUCCAGCACUGCAGCUUCUAGCAGUAGGCUGACGGAGCCGGGUCAAAUGCCGACUCAAAACGAGGGUCCUCCAGCUACCCUCGAAACUCCUGCCACUCAGGAAUUAAGUCCUGAGAACUUGGUACAAGGUCAAGGACUUCCGGAGUAUAUUCCUGAAGAAACUCUUUCCGCCAUAACUAGUGGCAAUAUCGACACCUUUGAAGGUAUUGUGGAUAAUGCUUUCGAUCUAUCAUACACUCUUUCUAGCCCUGGAAUAUCUUCGCCGUCAUCUCAAUCCCUCCCAAACUCUACCGAGGGUUCUACCCAAAACACCCAAAACUCUGAGGCUAGAAGAGAUGCCUUAGAAAGUUCGACAGAUUUUUUAGAGUCAAACUUAUCGUCCGUCCCUAUGUUCUGGCAGAAAUUCGUGCGGUCGGUAAUCGAUUUUCCAAGCCGAGUGCAACCUAUCGUGGACGGUGUACCGUGGUAUAAAAUCAGUAUCGCCAUAGCCAUUGUUUUGUUUUGUGUGACUAAACGGUGGGUUACGAAGGCUCAAUUUAUGACAAUAAUGACCAUUUUACAGACUGGAAGCAGUCUAUUUGAGUAUUUGAGGGAUGUUGGUUUUCCCGAAGUGUGGAAUAGGCAAAUGUCCUCAACACAGUUGAGGAGACUGGCGACGAGACAAAGGCAAAUGCAACUAGCUUAG